AUGGCAGAAGACAUCAAGACCAAAAUCAAAAACUACCAGGCUGCCCCUUUUGACACCCGCUUCCCCAACCAGAACCAGACCUGGAACUAUUGGCUGAACUACCUGGGCUUCCACUACUGUGAGAAGACAAUGACUGCUAAACGGGGCGAUGUCUCCGUGUGCAAAUGGUACCAGAGCACAUACCAGUCCCUUUGCCCCAUAUCCUGGGUGUCAGCUUGGGAUGACCACUGGGCAGAAGGCACAUUCCCUGGGAAGAUCUGA